GUCGUGAGGUAAUUGUCAUUUGAGGGUCCAUUUGGAGUUCAUUCAACCAGCAGUACUGUACAGCAGCAAGAACUAGUGUUGGGAAAUUGCAUCAACAAUUUGAAAUGUAUAAGGAGCAGGUGAAGAAGAUGGGAGAGGAAUCACAGCAGCAGCAAGAGCAGAAGGGUGAUGCCCCAACUUGUGGUAUCUGCCACAAAACAAAAUUUGCCGAUGGCUGUGGCCAUAACUGUUCAUAUUGCCAAACUAAAUUCUGUGCACGAUGUGGAGGAAGAGUGUCUUUACGCUCAAAUAAGGUAAUGUGGGUAUGUAACUUGUGCCGAAAACAACAAGAAAUCCUCACAAAAUCAGGAGCCUGGUUCUAUAACAGUGGAUCAAACACACCACAGCAGCCUGACCAAGAAGGUAUUAGAGGGCUGCAAAACGAGGAAGCACCUCAAGAGAAAAAAGCAAAACUUCAGGAGCAAUCCCAAUACCAAGGACCCUCAGGUGACAUAUCCACAGCAGCUUUGGACAGAAACAGAUCUCAAGGGCUCACGAGACAAGAAUCAGUCAAAAAUGGUUCAGAAGUAAAGCACCAGGUUGUGAGUGACACGACUUUAGACAGGUAAGGAACUGUUUCCUCUGUUUAUUGAUAAGAGUUUGUAGAAUUUAACUUUAUGCUAUAUAUCUUACAUCAGUUGCUUGCAUUUACAAACUAUGUAUUGUAGGGUUUUAUAAUGAUUCUACAUUAAUUAAUAACCAACUGAGGAGCCUUUCAUCAUGUUCAGAAGGGGAAAAGAGAGGGCUUUUUUUUAUAUCCUUUCUUUCUCUGAAAGAGUAUUUUAGUCAAGAAAUGACAAUGACACUACAGAUAUUAAAAUGUGAUGCUAACAGUGUACUCAUAAUCCCUUUGCUUAGCUUAUCAUCCCUUUACAAUUCCCCACCCACAUGCUGUGUGAAAGGAAUAAUCCUCAAUACUGUGUGACAGUGGCAUAACAGGUAGGGUUUGCACCUUGGACAAACAUGGAGGGGGGUGGAAGGGGAUGGGUUGCAAGGGUCUUACCCAAAACAGUCCUUGGUGUGCAGAUGCUGUUGCUACUGCAUGUUCUGCUUACCCAAGCUCUUGCUCUUAAAGCAGCAGCAGUGCAGUGCCUGUGCACCAGCUGCUACCGAAAAAAAAUGUGCUGUGGGGCUGUUCUUGCUUCUGGGGUGCAGAUUCCAUGGGGGUGGAGGAUGAUUUUGGUGCUCUUCCUAAAUCUUCCUAAGAGCUGAUGCCACUGUGGUCCACCCCAAAUUAUAUUACUGCUGUGUGAUAUUAUUUUAUGGCAUAAUUAUUGUGAUUUUUUCCAAUGUGUAAAAAUAAGGCUAUGGAAAGUGUUUUGCUGGUGGAAGGAAGGUGGUAGUCAAGCAAACUGUUGGAUCAUAACUUCAUGUAGUGCUUUUGUAUUUUGAAUGGGAGAUUGCAGUGUCUUUGAGUGAUGGUGUCAGCAUAGAAUCUUCUCGAGUGUUUCCAAUUUCUUGAACCUUAGUUCUCUUUAUUAAAGAAACCAGUUAUUCACACCCUUUUCAUCUUAAUGCCAUCUGUCAAUGUUUGUAAAUUCACCUGUUUUUACAUUAAUAUAAUUAAA